AUGACUUCUGAGUUUAGGGACUCAGUAAGAUUGGAGGGUCACCGCCUGUUGCGCCUGGGCAACAUUUGUGAUGAUGGCGACUGCCCCACAACACCUCCUGCAAGGGAGCACGAUGGGCACUCUCCUCUUGGCCAACCCGGCCCCAUAGCCCUGUCCGACGAUACCACUGAGCCAGAGAACGUGGACUUCUUUGGUUAUGGAUCGGAAGAAGAAACUGAGAAGAAAUCGGGAGUGAAGCAACCGCUGGAAUGUCCUGCGGAACCUGCUGCUGCCAGGCCCCUUACUGAUGUGACAGAUACUUUACAAGCCACUACUGAUGAGGAAGUUCCUGAAGAUGACAAGCUCAAGGAAGGUGACAACAAGAAGAACACGACUAAGAAUGCCCCGGUUUUGAAAAAACGCCCAGCUGCUCGCAAAGAGGUGAUCAAACGGCCUUCGGCCCACUUCAAGUCUGCAGUUGAGCCCGCCGAGAGUGAGGCCGGUCCACCUGAAUUUUCUCCAAGUCCUUCGAAGAAAUGUCCAGCAGCCAGUCAACAGGUUGAAGAUGCUGGUGACUCUUCAGGUCACCCCCCGGAGUUGAAACGUCCAGCUGCCAGCCGAGAGGCUGACGAAUCCGGACCGCUGACGCCUCCAGAUUCCGAGCCUGCACCGAAAGCAGCAGCAGCCCUGAAGAAGAAAGCCCCCAAGUCUGCCAAUCUACCACCUUUCAAGCCACAGUUUUGGAAAUGGGAGGAACGAGUCGAAGGGGACUCCAAGUGGAAGGAGAGCAAGCAUGGGAGCUGGAAGGUCCGUGAGUAUGUCCGGGAUGUUGGGGACCAAGCCGGACAGAAGUGGCGCAUCUUUGAAAGCGGCGAUGGCAAGACUUUCAAGUCCUUCAAGACUGCUGCAAACGCCGGCUUCAUCCCCAUUGAGGACUCGGAUGUUGACUGA